AUGGCUUCUCUAGAUAUCAAAAUUGUGAGCAGAGAAACUGAAUUGGUGUCCGAGUGCGCUUAUGGUAAAGGCGUACGAAAGCGGAAUUGGUCAGCGCUGAUCGGCUGGAAAUGGUGUCCAAUACGAAUGCUAAUCAAAUGCGUAGAUCUCGCCACAUCGACUACGGCGCUUUGUAGUCUUUGGAGUCCGGGAACUGUAUUCGUUCUUAAGCAAAUAAAAACAGAUAUGAGGUGGCUUGAAAUAACUGGAGCUAAUUCCAAUACUGCUAGGAAUCUCGUUUCUGUUCCAACGAGCUACCGUGUGUUUCGCAAGUUGCCGCUAGGUCUUACGGCUUGUCGCACCUCUCUUAGGGAAGCGCGACGCUACAAUGCCGCUGACGUGCCGGAUCUCCUCGCUGACGCCUUUUUGAUGGCUGUUGAGAGAGUGACGGCGCUUUACCGAUUCGAUACGUACCAUUUGUACCUCCAACGCUUCCCUUGGGAUUACAUUUUGGUUCGUCCACUUCCCAUCACAAGUGUGAAUCGUUUCACUCAAAUGUGA